AUGGAUUUGCUAAAAGUGCAACGAGCAACGCCAUUAUCGGUGGCGACGUUACGCCGUAAGCAAACUAAAAGUGUCACAACAACAACAACAGCAGCGCCAGCAUGCGCUACUGCCACGCCUGGGAGCACUUGCACAAACGCGGCCCCAAGAAGCUGCAGUUCAAUGCCGUUGGCAUGUAAAGCUGCGUUGCAAGCGCUCUCUACAACAACAACAACUGUAGCGCCAACAACCCGCAUCGGCAGCAGCAGCAGCGAGGGCAAGGAAAGCGCUGCCACGUCGGAACAGGCGCUGCCGCGUCUGUUGGCGGCUACCAGCUGGGGCGGCUGGCGCCACUGCAUCGUUGGCCUUGUGACGUUGCUGGUGUUCACAGCGAAUUUCAACAGCAGCGUCGGCCAAAUCGAUUGGGAUGAUGACGAUGAUCCAGUAUCCUUUGGCCUCGUAGAAGCCGUGCUGGGACGCACCGCAACGCUGCCAUGUGACAUUGAGCCGGAAGCGAAGGAUGACAGAGUUUAUAUGGUAUUGUGGUUUCGUGAGAGCGCGGGCAAACCACUUUACAGUUUCGAUGUCCGGGGGAGAGCGUUCGAAAAGGCGCUGUAUUGGUCGGACACCAACUCGUUUGGACCUCGCGCUUACUUCAUUACCAAUCAGCAACCUGCAAAAUUGACGGUCGAGAAUGUUCAGUUGGAUGAUGAAGGCGUAUACAGAUGUCGCGUCGAUUUCCAGAACUCUCCCACGCGCAAUCAUAGAAUUAAUUUAACGGUUAUUGUUCCUCCACAUCAAAUUAUGGUUUACGAUGCUUCUGGACGUGAUGUCGCCGGUGCUGUGGGCCCGCUGCUCGAGGGCGACAACAUUGUGUUGACAUGUGAAGUACGAGGCGGUCGACCAGAUCCCAAAGUCAACUGGUUCAAUGGCACGCAAAAGCUUAAUGUAGGCGAUGGAGAUUCGAUGGGCCGCCAUGUGACUACAAAUCGUUUGGAGGUGCUGAAUAUUCCACGUUCAGCUCUCAACACUACCUACCGAUGUCGUGCUUACAAUACGAAGUUGGUUCCGCCAAUCGAGCGCAGCAUACGUAUCGAGAUGCUAUUAAGUCCAACAUCUGUGAAUCUCACAAAUAAGCUGAAAGUUUUCUCUUCCGGCACUCAAUAUAAUUUGACUUGUGUCGUCGCCGGUUCAGUGCCGGACACAGAGAUACGCUGGACGCAGAAUAACCGGCCUUUUAAGCGAGGAACGCUUACAACGACACAAAGCAACGGCAGAGUCUUCUCCACGCUGUCCUUCCAUCCACAACCCGAAGACGACGGCACAUUGCUGAAGUGUGCAGGCUCCAAUCCGCGGCUGCCAAUCUCCGCAAUGGAGGAUUCCAUUUUGCUGAACGUGAUAUAUCCACCACAAGUGACAUUAUCGCUGGGUUCGACACUCAAACCGGACGAAAUUAAGGAAGGUGACGAUGUUUACUUCGAGUGCCACAUAAAAGCUAAUCCGAAGGAGCAUCGCAUCACAUGGUCACAUGAUGGCAUCCCGGUCACCCAGAACGUAUCGUGGGGCAUCAUUAUAUCCACACGUUCGCUGGUAUUGCAGCGCGUUGCACGCGUCCACGCCGGCUUCUACGCUUGUGCGGCGGCCAACGACCGCGGCGAGACGCAGAGCUCGCUGGUGAAUUUGCGUAUACGCUAUGCCCCAGUUUGCAGCACAAACACAAUGAUUGUUAUUGGCRCCUCACUUGAGGAGGCGGUGCCGAUACCUUGCCGCGUUAACUCCGAUCCGCCGGAAAUUGAUUUCGAGUGGACUUUUUCGACAAGCGGCGAGCACUUUGAAGUACCAUCGGGCCAUUAUGCAACCAUACAAGAGGCUACAACAACCGGCGAUGUGCACCGAACAAUAAUCGAAACAAAUGAUACACAUUUCGAAACUUACGUAGAAACUGUAAGCGAAUUGAUAUACACGCCGAAGGGCGAACGGGACUAUGGAACUUUGGCAUGCUGGGGUCAAAAUGCAAUUGGCAAACAAACGGAGCCUUGUCUAUUCCAAGUCGUGCCAGCAGCCAAGCCAGGAGCAUUGCGUAACUGUACUUUGCGUCCAUAUGUGGUGACCUCUGCCUCGCUAAAUUCAUCGAACCAGACAACAAUGCAUAGCAAUCAGAUGAUGCCAGSACAACACGGACGACAGGAAUCAAAUUUUCCACAUACGGAGUAUGUACGUGAGCGACAUAUUAACAAUGGCAACAAUAACAACAGCGCCAGCAACAAUGGUAAUAAAAUUCACAAUGGAAAUGGCAACAGCAAGGCAAUCAGCAGCAGCAGCAAAGGCAAUAAUAAAAUCAACAAUGUUGUUAAUAACCAGCCGCAGGAGAAGAGGAAAAAAGCUGCAACCUCAUUUGCGGAGCAAAAGCAAAAGAAAUUGCAAUACCAACCGACACGGCGGCUGCAACCCAGCGAACAACAGCAACAACAGCAAUUACAACACCUGAAGAAACGAACAUCUUUCACACCAUCUCAAACGCUGGCGGCCAUCAAACGGCAGCAACAACAGCAACACGAACAGCACAAGAAAACAGGAAGCGGCGCCAAAGCCGAGGCCGSGACUAUCGAGGCAAUUGGCUAUGGCAAAAAGCCGUUAUCAASUGCAACGCGCAGCUCCACGACUGAUGAGAGCACCGGAACGCKACACACAGGCAUGGCGGCAGCAGCUGGUGGCGCCAAYGCCGCAGCAGGCAACCUGGCAACAAUGGUGUAUAUCAAUAACAAAACUGAUGGAUUGCCCAUGAAGACACGAACGGACAACAAACAUCGGUUGAAACGUGCCGCUGACGAGCAUGCAACAACUGCAACGGCAACACUCACACAAUACAAAAACAACGAGGCUUCUAAGUACAAGCUAAAGAAGAAGGCAUACAAGCUGGCGCGGGCAACAAAGGAGCUGCGGCAGCAGCAAUCGAGAAAGCGAACUUCAAAGCAGACGCAGAAGAAGAUAAAUGCGAGCAAAAGGCAAAAAUCAAAUUUAUCAUUGCCAAGAGUUGCUGCUGGCGCGGCAGCUGCCAUCAACAACGGCAGCAAUGCACCGACGAACAGCAGCAGUAAACAAACGCCUGUAACAAAAUACUACAAUUGGCGGCGAAAAAACACGCAUAAACGUGAGAUCUCACAAGAGAUGAGCGAAGUAAUCCAUCAUUUAAGGUCAGCAACAACGACAGCAGCAGCAGCAGCAGCAACUGCCACUGCAACAGAUACGUCAAAGGAAGCGGAAAAGGAAGCAACCCGGGYAAAGGCACGAACCCAGCGACUAGCAAAAAGAGAAAUCGCAUCUGCAAAGCCCAGCGAAUUAACGCAACAUCCAACAUACGUGGACAAGACAAGUGGGGACUUAGCUGCCGCAAUAGCUACUGGUACAGCUGCGACUACACACAAAGGCAGCAGCAGCAGCAGCAGCAGCACCUUUCACUUGCCAGUCGACAAUUCCAUUAACUCAGCGCUAAAUCGGCAACAGCACAUUGACGGCGGCACUGCCGCUAAUGAAUCCGCUGCGAUCGCUGCAAACUCAUUAGAUAAGGUGCGCAUACGCAAAUCUUUGACAGCCAAAAACGUUGGUUCCGUCGUCUCGGAUGUUGGCGGUGAGGCGGGYAGUGGGGCUGCCGCCAACGACCGUCACUUUUUGCAACACAACAAAGCCGGYCAUCACAUUAGCAACUUUUCGAGCAGUGAUAACGGCAAAGCGAGCGCGCAAAKCAACAAAGCCAACAGUCGCAACGCGCCGCCCAGCGCGCCCGAAAUAAGCAAUCAUGCCACCGCCUUUCACCAGCAACAACAAAGCAUUGCAAACGAUAAUCGCAACAUCGAUGUUAUUGGCAUGCAACGCGCAAUUAAUGAUCUCGCCUCGAGCUCGGAUGAAAGCGUCCGGGCAUCAGAGAUUUUUGCAAACAAAUUUGCUUAUGACGAUGACAUGGGCGAGAUUGACAUGGCGGUUGACGAAGUGGAUGCUGACGCCGAUAUGGAGGCCGAAUUGGUAGGUGCCGAUGCGGAUGAAGGCAAUGACAUUGAUGACGCAGAUUUAAAUGGCAUCGUUGAGCUGGAUGAAGAGCUAUCGCCGCCCACGACGAGUGCUCUGCAAAGUGAUAUACAUUYACCAGCWCACGCGGCGGAUGCGCCGCACUUCGAAUACUCACGUAUGGAGUAUAGUUUCAGCAAUGGCAUUGCCACUCACAGCCUGGUUGGCAGCAAUGACAAUGGACAUGGCCUUGGUCUGGAUGGACUUGGGUACGGUGACGGUGGUGGUGGCGGUGGUACCAUCAACCUGGAGAACUACGAUAACAUUAUCUAUUCGACAAUGGAAUUGGAAUGUAUGCCCGGUUACGAUGGAGGUCUGCARCAGCAAUUCUUUCUCGAAGCGUACGACUCCAAAACGAAGAAGCUGCGCCUGAACACUUCAAGCACCUAUGCCGAUAUACCAAUAUUCCGUAUCGACUUAAGUGACUUGGCCUCAAUGGACUACUACCCGGAUCCAAAUCCAGCACUGCAUUUAGUCGUUUAUAGCGCCAAUCAGAAAGGUCGAUCGGAGCCGAUUGUUUUGGAGAAUAUUCCCAUAAAUGAAGCGGAAAAGCGAACAGACGGGCGAAUGGCUUCCAUACUACCGCUUGCGGCUCUACUCACUGGCACUCUGUUCACUGUCGGAGUCGCUGUGCUUUUCGUUGUGGUGAUUGCUGUACGCAAGAGACGAUGUCAGGGAGGACGUAACCUCUGCGACGACAAAGAUAAGCAUUUAGGUAUGGAUGUGACUGUAACGGCGCCCCUUGAGACGGGUGCGGGUCACCAGCGUUUGGUAGUUGCGUACACGCUCAAGCAGGGCAUCGAAAAACAACCGGAUAUUUUGAACGCUCAAAAGAGUGCCACCGGCAGCGAUACAUCCUCGCCGCUGGGCAGCAGACCUGGUGGGCUAUACCUCGGCGGCAGCGGUGCGGCGAGCAGUAAUUGCGGUGUUSCGGGGGGUAAAUCAAACUUCACCACUACAGCCAGUACAAAUGCAGUGACGGAUUACGAUGCCUCCACCAUCGGUUACAACGAUCCCGCAAACUCAAGCGAUCUUCUCAAUAGCCCACCCUCACAGUCGAGCACGCUAAAACUGGGCACUGACCUCCGUAAAAACUAUCAAAGUCCACAGCAACCACUGCUCUACGACGCAUUACCGCUCAAUCGACAUGAUAUCUCACGAUACGACCCGCUGGGUCUUAACUAUGGCGGCAGCAAUAGUACGCUCAACUCGGCGGGCAGCGCCGGCACCGCCACCAACAACAUGAAUAAUGCACCUUCAAGUGGCGUCACACCGCAAUCAUUAAUACAGAAUAAUCUCAGCAAUGGGCACUACGUCAAUCAUCACACACUGCCUCAUCCUUCUUCCGCAGCCACACACUCGAGCCUCCUUCAUAUGCAGCAACAACAGCAGCAGCAAMAGCCACAGCAACAUCAAUCAACACUGCCAGCUGAUGAGCAACUAUCCAUCGCUGAUUAUCUCGCAGCGAGUAGCUUAAUCGAUUAUAGUUUAAGUAAAGCGGCAACGGGCUUGCCACCCGGCAUGUCGGUCGGCAGCGCGGUUGGCAGUGGGCACAUGACGCUACCCAAAGGUCUCGGCAUAGGUUCCUUACUGGGCGUCAGCGUCGGCGGCAACAGCAACGGAGCGUUGCUAACACAAAGCUCGCAUCCAGCGAGCAUUACACCAACAGCAACGAUUACGCAGAAAACGAAUGCAAAUCGAAAUCAUAUUAUUACGGACACAUUACCGGGUCCCGAGAGUUGUGUUUAAGUUAUAGAGAAUACAUUAUGAUAUACAUACACAUAUGUAAUAUGUAAGACACCCAUAUUGUAAGACACCCCAAAAUGCAUACAAACACUUUGCGCUCUUGGAAAUUAAGAUAUGUUCAUAUGUAGAAAUAAAAUGGAAUGUUCGGAAGAAUGCUAUCAAUGGCUUUGCAAAGCAAAAAAGACUGGAGCAAUCUACAAAUUGUUGAGAAGCUACACCCACAUCCAAACCAAAGUGCAUAUAUAUCAACACAGGAGUGCACACGCAAUAAAAUAUGUUGUAAAGUACGGUUCAAUGGGUUCAAUCUGUGGGCUUAAAAGCCUGCUACACUUGGGGUCCUCGGAAAUAGAACAGGGUAGCUAUUAGGAAAGUAG